GAGUUUUCAGACGAAACUGAAACUGGAACAAUAGUCAUGUGAAGGAAAAGUUAAAACUUGAUGCAAACUGUCAUAUCUAUAAAGCAUAUCUUGAAACGCUAAAAGCUUACAUAUCUGAUUCUUUUUAUGCUAGUCACCAUUUGUGAUUACUCUAGGUAGUAAAAAAUUGCUCAAAUGAUAUAAUUUAAGUUCUUUAAGACUCGAAAUAUUGAAAUGUAUAAAAUUUAAAGAAGAUAAAGUAGAAGAAGAAGAUAAUAAAGAUGAAGUUCUUCAGUAUGUUGUUCUUAAGAAGACGCACGUGGAUAUUAAAGGCAGUGCUAGUAUUAACGGCGUUAUGGUUCAUGGUAGCACUGCUGACUACCAAUGGUAGUAGGAAUUCCUUAGUUGCACCGCCGAUAGAAUAUGAGGAUGCGGAAGCGAAACCGUACAAGAUGGCGAAACCUACGUCUGUGAAGAAGAAAAGCGAUAAUUAUGGAAAUAAUCUGUCUGAUGCAAAGAAACGGAUCAAUUGGAUGGCUCGGAUUGCUCCAAAAAGUCAGGAAGGUCUGGGUGUACUAGCGGCGCCUGGAUCAGACAACGCACCAGGAGAACUAGGAAAGCCUGUGGUCCUUCCGAAGAACAUCAGCGACGAAGCAAAGGUUGCUGUGGCUGAGGGAUGGAAGAAGAACGCGUUCAACCAGUACGUCAGCGAUCUCAUAUCGAUUAGGAGGAAACUGCCGGAUCCUAGGGACGAAUGGUGCAAAACACCAGGGCGUUUCCUCGAAGAUCUCCCGCAGACGUCCGUCGUGAUCUGUUUCCACAACGAAGCCUGGUCCGUGCUGUUGCGGACUGUCCACUCCGUGCUCGACCGAUCGCCAGAGCAUUUGAUCAAGGAGAUCGUGCUUGUGGACGACUUCUCUGAUAUGCCCCACUUGAUGCAGCAAUUAGACGACUACAUGUCCUCGCUGCCUAAAGUGAGGAUAGUCCGAGCUCCGCGCCGGGAAGGCUUAAUCAGGGCCCGACUGCUCGGGGCGCGAUACGUGACUGCGCCAGUCCUCACUUAUCUAGACAGCCAUUGCGAGUGUACUGAAGGAUGGCUUGAACCUCUACUGGACAGGAUAGCGCGAAACAAAACUACCGUCGUAUGCCCCGUCAUCGACGUGAUCGACGACAACACUCUUGAAUACCACUACAGAGACUCCACGUCUGUCAACGUUGGAGGAUUCGACUGGAACCUUCAAUUCAAUUGGCACCCAGUGCCAGCCAAAGAGCGUGCCAGGCAUUCCAAUACUGCUGAAGCAGUGUGGUCCCCAACUAUGGCUGGUGGGCUCUUUGCCAUUGACAAAGAAUUCUUCGAAAGAUUAGGAACGUAUGACAGUGGCUUCGACAUCUGGGGAGGCGAAAAUUUGGAGCUGUCCUUCAAAACGUGGAUGUGCGGUGGGACGCUGGAAAUCGUACCCUGCUCACAUGUUGGACACAUAUUCAGGAAACGAUCUCCGUAUAAGUGGAGGACUGGUGUUAAUGUGUUGAAGAAGAAUUCAGUUCGGCUUGCUGAGGUAUGGUUGGAUGACUACGCGAAAUACUACUACCAAAGAGUUGGCAACGAUAAAGGUGACUUUGGCGACGUCAGUGGUCGAAAAGAGCUGAGGAACAAACUACAAUGCAAAUCCUUCGAGUGGUAUCUCAAAAACAUUUAUCCUGAACUGUUCAUCCCUGGCGAGUCAGUGGCCCAUGGCGAGAUCCGAAACGUGGGCUUCCAAAAGACGUGUUUGGAUUCACCAACGCGCAAGUCCGAUCACCAUAAACCCGUCGGACUGUACCCGUGUCACCGGCAAGGCGGCAACCAGUACUGGAUGUACUCAAAAACGGGCGAGAUUCGCCGUGACGAGACGUGCCUGGACUAUUCGGGGCACGACGUGGUCUUGUACCCGUGCCACGGGGCCAAAGGCAACCAGCUGUGGCUCUAUGAUCAAAAUACGAAGCUACUGAAGCAUGGUUCCAGCGAAAAAUGCAUGGCGAUAUCGGAAAACAAGUCCAAAAUCACCAUGGAGUCGUGCAACGAAGACGAAAUCCGGCAACUGUGGACCCUCGAAAACUUCCGCCCCGACAGACUGGGCCCCGAACUCAUGUUUAUAUAAACCGACAGAGUGGGCUCAGAACUAUUGUUCAUUUGAACAACGAAUGGGCCCACUGCUACUACUGCGAUAAAUAUGGACAUUUUGAAAUUGGACACAAAUAUGUGUCUUAGUGUUGAUAAUGAAAUUAUUAUUAAUGAUUCACUUGUUGUUGAAAGCAAUGUGUGCAUAUCUGUGUUUAAAUUUAAAAGUGAUUUUAAUGAUGGACUAGUUAAAUAAAAUAGUGAACCGGCGAAAUUAUAUUGUGAUGACACUAAUGAAAGGUGAUUAGAAGUUUUGGAAAAUAGUGAUUGAACAAUAUUUCAUUCCGUUGUUACUGAAGCCGUGUUGGUGUUGUAAAUUAAUAAAAUGCAUUUUCACUAAAGUAAUUA